GUUGUAUCGCGCCCAGCGAGCCCGCGUGGCCGUGGCGCGAGCAGACGCUGCAGCCGCGCUGCUUCAGUACAUCCUGUGGGUGGUCCGAGUGCAGUGCGGUUGGCGUCGAGGUGACAAACUUGAAAGACGACUGAAGCCGAAGAGCUGCAGCAAAGUCGGAUCAACCUUAUCCUUGGAUUCAGAAGUCGAGAGCCUACAGCGCAAACUUGGCGAGAUUUGAACCUCGCGGCUUCCUGUCUGGUCCCAGCAUCUUCCAGUUCCCGCGCUUUCUCCCGCUUAGAGAGCUCCGCGCAGGCGCACACAAGCACGCAGCAGAGGCCACGAGCAUGGCCGCGUCCGGGGGCGAGGUGGCUGCCAUGGGCGAGGGGUCCGGUAUUGAGGAGGCCUUCCGGUACAUAGAAUCUAAAGAAGAAUUUGUUAAAGUCAGAAAGAAGGACCUGGAGCGGCUGACCACUGAAGUGAUGCAGUUACGGGACUUCUUACCCAGACUACUGAAUGCCGAGUUAAUGGAGAGUUUCCAGAAAUUAAACGUUGUAGAAAAAAACCUGGAAAGGAAAGAACAAGAAUUAGAGCAGCUGAGAUUGGACUGUGAACACUUCAAAGCCCGGCUAGAAACUGUACAGGCAGACAGCGGGAGGGAGAAGAAGGAGAAGUUGGCUCUUCGACAACAGCUGAAUGAGGCGAAACAGCAGCUCCUCCAGCAGGCUGAGUACUGUACACAAAUGGGAGCAGUUACCUGUACCCUCCUCUGGGGUGUCUCCAGCAGUGAGGAAGUCGUCAAAGCUAUUCUGGGAGGAGACAAAGCAUUGAAGUUUUUCAACAUCACUGGUCAGACAAUGGAGAGUUAUGUGAAGUCAUUGGAUGGGGAUGUCAAGGAGGUUGAUUCUGAUGAAAACCAGUUUGUAUUUGCAUUGGCUGGAAUUGUAACAAAUGUUGCUGCCAUGGCAUGUGGCCGUGAAUUCUUGGUGAAUUCCAGUCGGGUGCUCUUGGACACCAUGUUGCAGCUGCUGGGGGACUUAAAGCCCGGACAGUGCACCAAACUCAAAGUUCUAAUGCUAAUGUCCCUGUACAACGUGAGCAUCAAUUCAAAAGGCUUGAAGUACAUCAGUGAGAGCCCUGGAUUUAUCCCUUUGCUGUGGUGGCUUUUGAGUGAUCCAGAUGCAGAAGUGUGCCUUCAUGCCUUGCGGCUCAUCCAGUCUGUGGUUCUAGAACCAGAGGUCUUUUCCAAGGCGGCCCGGGAGCUCCGGAGCUCCUUACCCCUGGAGCGCAUCCUGGCCAUGUCCAAGAGCCGCAACUCCCACCUGCAGACUGCAGCUCAGGAGCUCCUGGAAGACCUCCGUGCCCUGGACUGCAGUGUUUAAGUGUGCUUGACCACCAGGGGCUUGGUGAAAAUGCCAGUGCCCCUUCCCCUCCCCAGGCCCUUUACCUUAGUGUUCACAACUAGAUGUCACUGUAUGUCAUGUGUUAGAGAUUGUAGGCCUUGACAAACUACAGAUGGAUGUGAUGUUAUGAUAAGCAUCCUGCAUUUCCAUCCUGGGAGGCCAUACUUGUUAGGGUAUGUUAAUCUUGUCAGAGCAAUGACCAAAAAAGGUUGUAUUCUCCAGGAAGGUCUCAGUGAACACCUGUAAACUAUUCCAGAGUUCUCUCAGAGUAGCUUCUUGCUGUCCUAGAGGCUGCCCACAUCAAUAGGAUCACUCUAAGGAUGGGCGUUUAGAUCACCAUCUACCAUGGAAUCAGUCUUUCCCAGAAGCAUUUCUAUGAUUAACCCAUUCUCUUUCUCAAGAAGCUAUAACCCCCACUACACAGGCUUACCUUUGUAACCUUUUGGUGAGCUUGUUAUUUCACAUGACAUUGGGCAUUUGAUCCCUGUUUUGGUGCUUCUUUUUAUUUUUGAAUAAAGUUGUGAAAUACAA